AUGCAUCCUCAAUUGCCAAAAAUUCAUGAUAGAUCACUAUAAUAUGGUGAUAAUCCAUUCUAUGUUCCUGAUGAAUAUGAGAUAUACAAAUUGAAAGAGAAAUCAAAAUAGGCAAGAUCUGAAGAAAGACUCAAGUUUUCAAAAUUGAAGAUUCAAGAAAAAAGCAAAAAGUAAAGAGGAUUCUUCACUGUGAGAACCAUAGAUCGUUUGGACAGUGAAGAAUCGUCAUUGGAUUAGGAAGAAUAGGAAAAGAAGUAUCAAAUGAAUAUGAUUUAAGAAAUAUAGUGGAUAUUGCAAAUGAAGCUUUAAAAAAUAGAGUUCGACAAAGAGAACCCAUGUAUUAAUUUUUGGAGAAGAAAAAAGAAAUGCUGUUGUUUUCAAUGCUCAUUGAUUAAAAGAGAGGAAUGAUUGAUGAAUAUGAAAAGUUAACAAGAUUGCAUAGAAAAGGUUUGGAAUAAAGUGAAUAAUUAAUUGAUGAAGAUAUUGAGAUGUUUAAUAAAUUUUUGGAGGCAAAUAACAAUAGUUCCAGAGAUGCAAUAAAAGAAGCAGAAAACGAAACAAGAUUAAAAUAAGAGAAAACAAAUGAAAUUAAAUUGUUGCAAGAACAUAGAACAGAAUUAAUGACUAAAAAUCAAUAGAAGGUUGACAAUUUAGAGGACUUAAUAAAAUACAAAAAAUUUCUAGACAAAAUAACUCCAAAAGAAUUUUAAAAGAAGAAUCAAAAAAAGUAGUAAAUUAAGAAUAGAAAUAAAAACAAUCCCUAAGAUAAUUUAAUAAGUUCAGAUCUCUAAAAAAUAUUGGAUGAUUCCGACGAUGAAUUCGAUUCUUAUUUUAAAGAUCCUUAGUAGUUGUUUGAUAUAUUCUAACAAUUAGAAGAGAGAAACCUAUUUUUGAUAGCAAACACAAAAGAAAGAGAACAAAUGGUUGAGGAAUUGAGGUCAAAGGUAGAUUUGAAGAAAAGGUAACUGGAGGAUAAGAAAUAAAAUGCCAUUUAGAACAAAUUGGACUUAGAGAGAUAGAUAAUAUCUGUGAAUGAUUAGAUUAAGAUCUUAAAGAGUAUAAAGAGUGACAAUGAGGGGUUUGAGUCUCUUCGAAAUUUAGAGAUGAUGAUUUCGAGAAUGUAUAAGAUAGAUCUCAAUCCAGAACCUAGAAAGGAUAUGUCGGGAUUGGAAAUGUUAAAAGAAACAGAAAGAAAGUUAGAACAAUAUAUCUUAGAGAUUAAGAGAUAUAGAUAGAUUGCCCCAGACUUGGUAUUAGAAAAAGAGAAAGGUUGUAUUAGAAUGAAAAAAGAUAAGAUGAAAUAAGAAAAACAAGAACAAGAUUUGAUAGAGAUGUAAAAAAAGUAGUAGGAGCAAUAAAAAGAAGUUAUUAUUUAAAAAAGAUUUGGAAGACCCAUUAUGAUUAGAUCAUGGCCACCAAAAGAAGAAAAAGAAGAGCAAGUUGUAACUGAAAUCAGUGAGGAGGAAAAGGAAAGGUUAAAGUAUUUUACAUGAUAAUUUAUAUAUAUAUAUUCUUUUAAUUUAUUGUCAGAAUGAUUUGUCCUUAAUAUUUAUUGGAUUCCAUCAAUAAUUGUAACGAAAGAGUUAUCAAGAGAGCAUAUGAAAGACUGGAGGGUAAACAAGUACAAACUAAAUUAAAUUAAGAAUCUAGUAGAGGUGUGUUAAUAAUUGAAAUAAUCUUUAAGGACACAAUUAAGCUUACAUAAUGUUUAAGAAAAAAAGACUGACAGUAAGAUUUCCAUUUAAUAUUUCACAGACGUCUGUUCGUUAGCAUUAUUACUAUUAGCGCUAUGUAGCUAUAAAUUAAAUGAUUUCAAUUUAAGUUAUUUAAUUUCUUACUUUGGAUGUUCACAAGAAACUCCAUCAUAAGAUUCACUUGAAUUUGAUUAAGUAGAAUGGCGAAAAUUAGAAUUAGAAUGGAUAUCGAUACAAUCCUUAUAAAAAAUGAAUCAGUUAUAAGAAUGCAUAGAUAAAAUAGAGACAGUUGAAAAAUUAAUAUAAAGUAGCAAGAAUAAAAAAGCAUGGGCUUAAUUAGAAAUUAUUUUAGAUUAGAAGAAAUCAUAUUUGCAAGAUUAUGUUGAUAAUAAAUAGAAAAUAUUUUAAAUGUAUACUGAUGAAGAGAAAACAAGUUUAGCAAAGAAAUUACAAUAAUUAUUACUAAAGUAGGAAUAGGAUCGGUAUUUUGAAUAAGAAGGCUACCCUGCUUAUUUAAUUAGUUCUCAAUGGAUUGCUCGUUUUAGUUUAUACACAAAAUAUUACGAAUUGACAAGGGAAAACCCAGAUUUGUUAAAAUAAUUCAUAGCAAAAAAGAAUGUAUAAUGUAAUCAUAUUAUAAAAAGAACUCAAUGGAUGAUGAAACAUUUGUAGAAAUAUUUAAAUAAUACUGUAAUCAAUAAACAUAUGAAGAAUUGGAAAGAAUAUCGAAUUCAACUCAAAAUAAUAUGGACAUUCAUAUCUGUCCAAUUUAUAACGAUGAUUUAAUUGAUAUAUAAACACAAUUUGAGAAGGACCCAUUGAAAGCAAAGAGCUAUACCAAUUAUGCUUUAAACAAAUCUAUAAGAGAAAACUAGAAUUUCAUAUUUGUAAGCAGUUAGAUAUGGAGAUUCUUAUAUGGAUUAUUUGGAGGAGUUGAAAUAAAACGAAUAGUCUUAUGUAGAAGUAGACAUGCAGUUGAAACACAUUUAUUUUAAGUUAGAUGCUAGUUAUUCCCAUAACAAUAAUAAAGGAUAAUAAAUUUAUAAUUUAAUGGAAACGAAAGAAUUGAAGACCUUGUCAAUAAAGUUAAUAGGAUAACUAAUUAAAAAGUCAGAAAUGUUUGGAAGAUUCCUAAAGAAGUCAACUAAGAGGAAUUAAUGAAAAGUUAAUAAGUUGUUGGUACAAAAAUAAGUAGAGAUAAUAUAUUAGAAGUAUUCUUAUUUAUUACAUUAGUAAGCUGAGAUAGGACCUGAGGAAGUUUUACUAUUAGAAUUAGAGUAAGAAUAGUAUAGAUUAGAGAAGAAAGAGAAUUUAUAAACAAUAACAAUUCCAAAUAAAUGCAUGAGUUGUGGUAAUCAAGAUUCUCAACUCUAUUUAUGUGAAUGCAGAAGUGUUAAAUAUUGUAAUGAAAUCUGUCAAGCUCACGAUUUAAAGAAUCAUUAAGAUGUUUGUAAAAGUAAUUCUACAUUUCUAUUUAGAAAUCAUGGAAAAGGAUUCCUUAAUCAAUCAAUUAUCUAAGAAAUAUAAAGUGAAACCUCCAGCUAAAAUAAUCAAAAAUUCAGCCAAAGGAAUCUGUGGAUUAAGUAAUUUAGGAAAUACUUGCUUUAUGAAUUCAAGUUUGUAAUGUUUGAGUAAUGUCACCGAACUUACUGAAUAUAUGAUAUACAACACUUAUCUCGAAGAUUUAAAUGAGAAGAAUCCGUUGGGAACAGGAGGUAGAUUAGCUUGCAGUUAUGCUGAAUUAUUAAAGGAACUUUAUGAAUCUACAUCAACUAGUGUGGCACCUUGGAAUGUUAAAAAGGUGAUUGGAUAACAAGCUCCUCAAUUUAAUGGUUAUAGUUAAUAGGACUCUCAGGAACUACUCUCAUAUUUAUUAGAUGGUUUGCAUGAAGACUUGAAUAGAAUUAAAAAGAAACCUUAUAUUCCAGAUGUAGAAUACAAGGGUUAGAGUGAUUAAGAAUUUGCAGAUAUAUAUUGGGAUAAUCAUAAAAAGAGAAAUGAUUCUAAAAUUACUGACCUCUUUACUGGAUAAUUUAAAUCAAGAGUAGAAUGUCCUGAGUGUAAUUUUGUAUCUAUUACAUUUGAUCCUUUUGUUACUAUUUCAUUACCCAUUCCAAGCAAAGAAUACAUUUAAUUUCAAUUUUAUUUAAUUUUCAGAGAUUCUAAUCAGAUUCCUUUAAAAAUUUAACAAACUUUGCAAUCUACACAGACAGCUGGAGAAAUUAUAGACAUCAUUUCAAAGAUAAAGAAUAUCAAGGCUGAAUAUCUAAAAUUCUAUUCUUUACAAGAUUCAGUUAUAAUUGACAAUGGAAUAUCAUCAGAAUAAACUAUCAAAUAAAUCAAAGAGGGUUAAGCUUCAACAUUUUUGUAUGAAGAAUAUGAUGAAAAAAUAGAUAAACCAAUUUCCAAAUAUGAUUCUAAUAUUAAAACCCCUUAUCAUCAAGUUCUCUGUAAUGUUAAAAAACUAGAAGAAAGUAAACUUAAUCAAUCGAAUUAUCGAAUAUCUUUUACUAGAGUUUGUUAUAUUGAUAGUCAAGCAACUUAUUAAGAUCUCCACCUUAUUAUCUACUAGAUAUUUAGAACUCAUUUGAUUCAAAUUAGUGAGAUCACUUCUAAUUUGAAUUUAAAUAAGGAAUUCGAGUAGUUCUUAAAGAAUAUCAAGAAAUUUGUUUAUAAAGAUUACUUCGAAGAAUAUUAGGAUUUAUUAAAAUUGAAAGAAAUAAUAUAUUAACUCUAAGAUGAUAAUUGUAAGCCUUUGCCCUUUACAGAUAAAUAAAUAGAAGUUAGCGGGAAGUCCAUUAACUUAAAUGCCCAAUUUAAAUUACGAGCUGAACUAUUAAAAUUGAAUAGAUGUGUUGAUGCAGAAUUUACACUCCAGGGUCCUAGUCAAAGUUUGUAGUAAACUAUAACUUUGACUGAUUGUUUGAAUUAAUUUUGUUAAGAAGAAGUCUUAGGAGCUGGAAAUGAAUGGUAUUGUUCUAAAUGUAAAAAACAUCAGAAGGCAAAGAAGCAAAUGCAAAUAUACAAGGUAUUAUGCUAUUCUUAAAUUAGGCACCAUAAAUUAUGAUAUUACACCUGAAAAGAUUUCGAUCGACAAGAGUGACUUAAUUUUAUGGAACCUACUAGGUUGGAGGAGUCACUAAGAUUGUCUAAUUUGUUGAUUUCCCACUUGAAAAUUUCAAUAUUCAACCAUUCAUUUUAGAAAAAGUAAUUAUAUACUCUAUCAUUCAGGAAUCUCAACAACCUUAUGUAUAUGAUUUAUUUGCAGUUUCAAAUCAUUAUGGAGGCAUGGGAGGAGGACAUUACACAGCAUAUGCAAAGAAUCCAAUGUAUAAUGCCUGGUUUGAUUUUAAUGAUUCUUAGGUCAAAGAAUUAAGAUCUAACCCAGUCACAGAUGCUGCUUAUGUUCUAUUUUAUAGGAGAAGGAAAGUUAAGUGA